AUGGAAGUCGCGGGUCAGUGGCGGCGGGAGUGGGCUGGAACGGCAGAAUAUGGAAAAGUUACCGAAGGAGGCGUGACAAAACGUGUGGCGCGCGCUAUGGAGGUGCUGCAAGCGAGCGGGCCGGGUGCUCGGGUGCGAGUGUUGCGGGCGGCGUAUCACGCUACCGCAGGGCCGGGGGAGCCAGCGUCUUCAUACAUGAUUCAAUCAUCACGCAGGGUGAUAUCUUCUGGAUACAACUUCCUUGAACCUACAUCUUCACAAUCAAAACCUCUAGAAAUAUCUUCCAUGCCCUUGGAAAUUACCGACUCAAACGUUGACAACCAAGAUUAUAAAGUGACUGAACCAGAUGAUUUAGACAUAUCGCAGCCAUCAAAAUGGCGAAGUGUCAGUGGUAGCAAUUCAAUACGAUUGCCCAGCGAAGAAUCUUCAUCAACGGACAACGCGAGUAUUAUUGAUCUCGAUUCAAAAACAUAUCCAAAAUACUCUUAUAAAAAGGAAGUAAUUGAAAACAGUCACCAACAAUCAGAAAGUUUUAAACCAGGUAACCCUAAAAAUAAUCGGGUUUCGCCUUUAUUAGAUGCACCUGUAACAUUAAGCACCCUUAAAUACAAAUCUCUUUUAAAUGGAAAUGAUGACUGGAAUAAUAGACGAAAAAGUUACAGUUUUGAAGAUACAGCACCUUUAAGCAAAAUUAUUUUAGAUAGAAAUGACAGAUUCGCAAUAGAAUCCUCAACCGAUAGCGGUAUUUGCAAAUCAUCUGAAAUUGUUAAUGAUACGGAUAAUACACGAUAUUAUAAGUCAAAGGAAAGAAAGUCGCAAGCACCCGAGGAGACAUUUAAGGAUUGGCUUACUAAAAAUAGACAGAAUACUUUCGGUAGUCAUCCUACAAAGCCUUUGAAAGAACAUAGUAUUACACCGGAACGACUAUCUGAAAAUAAUAUAACUCUGCAAUCUCCAGGCAAGAUGUGCAUAACACUUCCAGUAACUAUUGAAACAGAUGAUGACGAUAAAUUCAGAAAAAAUCAAAUUUGCAACGAAGCAGAUAAAAAAUCCAAAAAAGUUGAAUUUUGUAAAACCGAACUACACUUCACGACAGAAACAGGAACUGUUAACAUAAUAGCGACAGAUGAAAAGCCACCGCCAACAAAUGAUUUCAGGCGGCGAAGGAGUGCAUUUGUUCCUAUCAGUGACAGAUUUGAAAAGCCUGUGAUGCUUUUUGGAGAAAAAACUGAUUUCAACGAAAAAAACAAAACUGAAUGUUUUUCAAAUUCCAGCACUUCCGAGAUUGGUGAAUCCGAUGAGAAUACAGCAGCUACAAAAAGUAUUCUCAAAAAUAGGAUCCCGAAACCCAAGCCAUAUCUCUUAGGAGAGAACAUGGUACUUGGGAAUGUUGAUAAUUUAAUAAAUAAAAGUGAUAAGCCUGUUGUCAAUGAUCAAAAUGUAACAGGAGUUUCUCUUAUUAACACACAACUACAAGCAGACAGAAAAUUUAUCAGUGGAAUAAAAUCUCACUCUCCAACUAAAUUUCAUUUGGGCGCUUUUACGCAUAACUCCUACAGAACCAGCAAUGAAGGUUCUUUGAGACAAAGCAGCUAUAAGAACAAUGAAAAUAUAACACCAGAAAAAAGAAGGUCUAAUUCAAGGCAACUCAAAGAUAGUGAUCUCAUGUAUUUUGGAAUAGAAAAGAGUUCGGAAUUAAUGUCGAAACAACCACAGGAUAAUAAUUUAUAUGACAAUAACCGUGCACAGGAAGAAAUUUUUGAAUCGGUCAGAUUAGUACAAAAAGUUUCAAAUAGUGUUUGCAGCAGCGAAGUAGAAUCAGACGAAGCUCCAGAAUAUAUAAACUUAGUUUCAAAAGUAAAUUACACUCCGGUUCCAGCACCGAGAAUACGGAUUAAGUAUUGUGAGAAAAACAGAGAACCAAAGAUAUCGGGAAAUUUAAAUUCUAUAUCGGAACAAGAAAAAGACGACAACAUUUCUGAAACGCAACGAAGAAGUAGGUUAAGAAGGCAAGAUUUGUCAUAUACCUCAAAUCGUAGUAUAUCAGAGCCACCAAAGAUACGUAGAGCACGAUACAAGGAACAAGACUCUUGUCAAAAGAAUGCUUCAAAUAAUUCUACAUCACAUCGAACAAAGUGUGGAAUAACAGAUCCGAAUAGAGAUUUAAAAGGUGAAUCAGACCACAUAACAAAAUCUAAAGAUAGCACAUCUAUAUACGUAAAUCUAAGAGCAAAGGAAAUUAAAGAUUUUGAAAGCCGUCGUUCGCAUUAUAAAACAGACUCAAAACAAAAUCCCCACACGGAAAAAGACACAAGUUUGCAAACAAAAGAACGCAAUAUAGGUCGUACUAAAGCUCAGAAGAAUAGUAAAAAUGAUGAAGAUAGUAACAAAAUACGUGUACGUCGAUCAGACUCAUUAAACACUAAUAGCAAUGAUAAUACAUUGAAGUCUCAUACUAAAACUAGAAAACAAAGAACAGAGAAACUUGUAACACCUGAACUUUCUCAUACUAGGAGUCGAGUUGAAAACGAAAAAUUGAAAGAAGGUAGCAACAAAAUACCUAGCGAACAUAAAGAAAAGGAUAACCGUACACGAUCUUUAUGUCGCCAUACGACUCCUGAUAGUAUCAACGUGUUGAAAGAAGCUAAAUCAAUGAAAGAAGAGCCAAAACGUCAAAGAAAUAGUAGAGAUUUUGAAGAAAAAUAUAUACAUCCACAGAUAAAUAUUACCAAUUUGAGUACAGAUUCACGGAAGUCCCAUCCGGACUUAGAUUUAAACUCUUCAUCAAAAGUUAAGCAAAAUAAAAUACUUGAUAAAAAGUAUCAUGAUUCAAAUAAAUCAAAACGAAGCAAGUAUGUGAUAAAUUAUGACGAUAAAAAUGGAACAGUAUCUUCGGUUCGUAAAAUAAAACCCUAUAAACAUGCUGACCAUAAAAAUUAUUCCACUAAAGAUAAUAAAGAAAAUUCUAAUGAACAAAAAGUCAGAAUUAAACAAUUAAAUAAAAUUGCCCUACAGAAGUUUUCUCCAGAUCAACAAAAAUAUCAAUACGGAAAGGACAAGGAUAGGGUAAGCAAAUCAAAAGCACAUAAAAGAUCUUGCCAACUGCUAUAA